AUGAGCUGUUGUAACAGAAGGUGCGGGCUGAUAGCCGGAGCUGUGCUCGGGGCUUUGGUGGCCGUCCUGGGAGGUAUCCUCAUUCCGCUGGGGAACAGCAUCAUUCAGGGAACAGUGGAGAAGGAAGCUGUCAUUGAGCCCGGAACGACAGCUUAUGAAACCUGGUCCGCAGCGGGGACAAAGGUGUACAGGCAGUUCUGGUUCUUUGACGUGAAAAAUCCACUGGAGGUUUUGCAGCAUGGCGCAAGACCAGUGGUAAAGGAGAAAGGACCUUACACAUACAUAACAAGAUAUCUUGCCAAAGACAACGUCACGUUCAAUCCCAAUGAAACGGUCUCCUUUGUGCUGCCUCAAGGAGCUAUCUUUGAGCCAUCCAUGUCGGUUGGACCAGAGGAAGACAAUAUCACUUCACUCAACCUUGGAGUGGCUGGAGCUUAUUCUAUUGUUCCAGUUGAGCUUCAUUCAGCUCUAGAGAUGCUCAUGAAAUUGAGCAAAUCCUCCCUGUUCCAGUACCGCACCGUGAAGGAACUGCUGUGGGGCUACCCAGAUCCUCUUUUAAAAGAUACCAUUGGUCUGUUUGCACCUUACAAUGAUACCUAUGAUGGCACCUACAAUGUCUUCACCGGGAAGGAUGACAUCUCAAAAGUGGGAACAAUUGACAACUGGAGGGGACUCAGGAACUUGCAGUUUUGGAAUGACUCGUAUUGUGACAUGAUCAACGGAACAGACGCUUCAUCCUUCCCCCCAUUUGUGGACAAGAAAAAACCUCUAUAUUUCUUCUCAUCUGACAUCUGCAGGUCUGUGUCAGCAAGCUAUGAGAAGACAGUAAAUCUGAAGGGGAUUGAAGUAUAA